UCAGAUCUCAAAUAUCUUAGUAUGGAGGGUAGCUUUUGCUUGGAAACUUCACUAACUACAAGCAUAAGUAGAAAUUUUAAACUUGAAAACCUUCACUUCGUUGAUUGCAAGAAGCUUCAGUCCUUGCGUGAUCUUUCAUCAACCGUUUUACAACUUAGUGCGGAAUGUCUAACUACACAGGAAAGUAUUCCUAAUCCAUUUGAAGCAAGCACUUCAAGAACUUCAUCGUUCACUCUUAUAAAAUGGGUAAGCUUGAUUGAGAUUCAAGGCCAAAAUCUUAGGCCACUUGCAAGGCUAAUGAGUUACCUACAUUUCUUAUUGAUGCAUAACUCUCUCUCUCUGGGACUCUUUAGUUUAAACACCCUUAUAUCAUUGUGUUUAUCCUCAAGUGAAGUUCCGGUGUGGUUCAACAAUCAAGGCUCGGGGUCUUCAUUAGAAUUGCAGCUACCUCCUUGUUGGUGGAAUUACGGAUGGGGAGGAUUCUUUUUAUCUGGAGUUUUUAGAUUCCAUCAUGAUCAGCCUCCUUCAGUGGAUACUUGUACUGUUGUCUGUGACUUGCAUGCAUACAAUUUGCCGUCGGAACAAAGUUUGUUUCUAUGUCGCUCUAAGAUGGAAAUCGCUCAAGAUUUAUGCAUCACUUCUGAUCAACUUUGGGUUAGCUUUGUGCCUCCUAGCUCCAUAACUUGUCUAGAUCAGUUGAAAGGAUGUAAUCAACUUAAGGCGUCAUUUUUUUCUGACCAGUUAGAGGUGAAGAAUUGUGGACUUCGUCUAAUAUAUCAUGAGGAUGAAGAUGUAGAGGAAUUAAUGUGGUGCGAUAAGCCUUUUGAGGAUUUGGGUCUCCCAGGAAUAACUAUUGCAGAGGUACUUUUAAGUGGCCUUUUUCUUUCUUGUUUUUUUAAAAGUAGCUAAAGUAUGAAUUCAUCAUUCUUUAUACAUUUUAAUUUGAAGAUAUUUGCA